ACGCACCAUCGAAUCUAACGCACCUGCUGGUUUGAACCAACGGCAGCGGAUUUAAAUUUAAACUUACCGCUAAAAGUGUAACGUAACCGCUCUUAUUUGUUGUUCUAAACUUCUGAGAACGGUAACAAAACUGGAGUUCGUUUUUUAAAGGAUACAAGAUUUUUUUCUGCGCUUCAGAGUUAAAAAUCCCCGCUUUUAAUGGUCAGUCAGCAAGUCGCAUUAGCUAAAUAGUUAGCAUAACAACGUCGGGUUUGAUUUAAAAAAAAAAAAAAAGACGAGGCUUUUUUUAUGCUUUGCUUUUUCUCCCUCUAAAGACAAAUACGGACAAUGAAGACCGUUCGACACCAGCAGGCCUGCCAGCUGCUCCACAAUAAAUUUGUAGUGGUUCUGGGAGACUCCAUUCAGCGAGGUGUCUACAAAGACCUCGUUUUAAUACUACAGAGCGACAGAUAUCUCACCCAACGGCAACUGAAGAGCAAGGGGGAGAUGAGCUUCGAGCAGGACUGCCUGGUGGAGGGGGGCUGUCUGAACCACAUGAACAAUGGGACGGAGUACCGGGAGGUCCGGCAGUUCCAGUCGGACCACCACCUGGUCCGCUUCUACUUUGUGACCCGGGUCUUCUCUCAGUACAUGGAGAGCAUCAUGGAGGACUUCCAGCAGGGCCUGAAACCAGACGUGGUCAUCAUCAACUCCUGCGUGUGGGACAUUUCCAGAUACAACUCCAACUGGUUGGAGGACUAUCAGGAAAACCUGCACCGGUUCUUCGGGGAGCUGAGCUGCGUUCUGCCUGAGGAGACGCUGGUCAUCUGGAACCUCACCAUGCCUCUGGGGAAGAGCAUCAGAGGCGGCUUCCUGGUUUCUGAGAUUGAGCACAAAGCCCCACAGCUCCGUUACGAUGUGAUCGAGGCAAACUUCUACAGCGGGACUCUGGCCGACGCCUACCAACGGGACGUUCUGGACCUCCACUUCCACUUCCGCUUCUCCCUGCAGCACCGCACCAACGACGGUGUCCACUGGAACGCCGUGGCCCAUCGCAGCAUCACCUGUCUGCUGUUGGAGCACAUCGCCCAGGCCUGGGGGGUGCUGCUGCCCGACCCGCUGAGGACCGUGGACAUUGGUGACCGGCAGCCUCUUUCCAUCACUGCUCCAAAAACUGCAGCACCGCUGAACUAUAAGCGCUACACGGAGGAGUUGUACAGCGAUUCUCUUCCCAGCAGCUUCCUGUACUUCGAAAGAGGAGACCCACAACUUCGGGAGACUACAGUAGGCGGAGCUGGCGCCGCGCCCAAGCCGCUGUUCCCCAGGCAGACUCCAGCCCGCUGGGCCAAAAGAGGCUCCAACUCCAGGCCUCCCUACUGCUUUGAGCCUUACGGAGAUCAAAACCCUCCCCGUGUGGUGAGGAGCCGAAACGAGAGACUUCACUACGCCCCCUACGCCCAGCACAGACCCAGGCGCUGGACUCCCCACGCCUACUACUGAAGUACCACACAACCCGUCUUGUAAACUAGUAGUAUUUUUGGUCAAUGGACUUCCAUUGAUCGUUUUAGUUCUUCUUCCCCAUUUAGUCAUUUCAAAGUUUGUGUAUUUAGAUGACAAAUAAAAACUGUUUUGCUGA